UUUCUUUUUUUUUUUUGGUUGAGGAAUUUCUUUUUUUUUUACUUUUAUUUUGUGUUUCUGUCUGUCUGUCUGUCUGUCUGCAAUUUCUAUACAUAUUAUAAUAAGCCGUACAAUUUUAGUUAGUUACUUAGACCUUAAUUAAGAUGUUUAAUUACUUUCUUUACAUAGUUAAAAUUAGAAUUCUCAUUUUCAUUUUUUAUUAAAAUCGCUCUGUUUAGCGCUUAUCCUCUCUUUCAUAUGAUAUUACACCCCCAUCAGAUUUGUGUUAAUGUUUUUUAUUUAUUUAUUUUAUUUCUUCAACUGUUCCGUAUCUGCUGUCUUGUAUGUUACAAACUUGAAUAUUGCGCUAAUUGCAAUAUUCACCAUGUUGAUUAUACUCGAUUGUUGUCCGUUAUCUCGUUGUCCAUACUGUGUCUGAUAAAACUAAAAUAUUUACGCUUUUAUUAUUCCCCUUUUUUCGCAACUAGUGAAAAGAUCUUUUUCUGUUUACAGUAAAAUGGAAUAAAAAAAUCAUCUCACUUUUAUUUUAGUGACAAAUUUUUUCUUUCUCACUAAAAUAAAUUUUGUUACAAUGCAAAAUUUUUCUCAUCAUCGAAUACUGAAUAUACUACAGUAGUCUAGAAUGAAUAAUAAUAAUAAUAAUAAUAAU